AUGCCACGAAGAACCAUAAACCAUCUGGAAAACAUAAUCGAGACCCAGAUCAUGACAAUCUCACAAAGGGCCAAACAACGAGACGAUGCGAUUACAGAGCGAGACGCCGCAAUGAAAGAAAGAGAUGACGCGAUAAAAGAACGAGACGACGCGAUGAAAGAACAAAACAGCUCAACACAGGAACUCUACAUGCCCACCUUAACCCGCGGCCUAUACGUCACCGCAGACCCACCAGCACUCAGCACCCACAUAGAAGUACUACACGACCUGCCCGACGACGAACAAGAACUCGUUUGGUCCUCUAACUGGAGAUCAAUUCACCCAGAAAACUACCGACGUGAAGACGCAGUGACAGUCAACAUGCAUGGCAGAUUCGGCACACGUCUGCCUGGUAUAUUUGUUGCGCAUGAAGAGGUGGAGAGGCCAAUUCGGUUGUGGUACUUUACGGAGGCCGAAAAGGCGGUGGUGAAGAUCGAUAAUCUGGAAAUAGAGCGGGAUGGUAUCGAGGAGGCGUAUAAGAGGUUCAAUGAUAUGCGAGCUGGAGUUUGUGACCAAAACAUGAGUCUCAACCGCUUGUCGACCGACAGUCAUCGUUACCGGUGGAUUUUAGGAGGAGAGGGUAAGCGAGAUGUGGAUAAGAAGGAGGAAGCCGACAAAGAGGACGACGAGCGAAAGGACAACGAGGAAGCGGAGAAACAGGAACGCGGUGCUGUAGAGGAGAAGGAAGUAAAUAAAGCGGAGAAAGAGGCGAAGACGAAAGCCAAGAAAAGGAACGACGGACAAAUCAUAGCCAAGAUCUUUGAACACGAGCUUGGGCUUAGCAAGCGGCAAUAG